CUUGCAGUAGAUCAUGGUCUUGUACGACUUGUUACAGCUUAUCGUGAGCAUGGUCACAAAGCUGCCAAAAUUAACCCACUGUUUGCUGGCCAGGCAGUUAUGGAUAUGGUACCAGAAAUACAAGUGAUUACUGAAGGCCUUCAUGGACCCUUUCGCACAGCUGGGAUACUGAAUAUGGGAAAGGAAGAAGCAACACUGGAGGAGAUCUUGGAAUACCUGGACCACACUUACUGUGGUCAGCUUUCCAUUGAAACAAGCCAGUUGCAGCAUUUAGAAGAAAGGGAAUGGUUCUCUAAAAGAUUUGAAGAGUUGAAAAGGGAAAACCUUUCCACAGAAGAGAGGAAGCACUUGGCCAAAUUGAUGCUGGAAUGUCAGGAAUUUGACCAUUUUCUGGCAACCAAGUUUUCCACUGUAAAGCGCUAUGGAGGAGAAGGAGCAGAAAGCAUGAUGGGAUUCUUCCAUGAGAUGUUUAAGAUCUGUUCCUUUAGCGGUGUGACUGAUGUUGUUAUAGGAAUGCCUCACAGAGGGAGGCUUAAUCUUCUAACAGGACUUCUCCAUUUCCCACCAGAGCUGAUGUUUCGCAAGAUGCGUGGUUUAAGUGAGUUCCCAGAAAAUUCUCCAUCUAUUGGUGACGUUCUUUCCCACUUGACUGCUUCUGUUGAUUUGGAUUUUGGUUCUGACAAACCUUUCCAUGUUACAUUGUUACCAAACCCUUCACAUUUGGAUGCCAUCAACCCAGUAGCUGUUGGCAAAACUCGGGCAAAACAGCAGUCUUUGUCUGAUGGUGAUUAUUCUUCUGACAGUCUUGCACAACCUGGGGACAAAGUUAUAUGCCUUCAGGUACAUGGCGAUGCUUCGUUUUCUGGUCAAGGAAUUGUCCCUGAAACGUUUACACUUUCAAAUCUACCUCACUAUCGAAUAGGUGGCAGUGUCCAUCUGAUUGUAAAUAACCAGCUUGGUUAUACUACUCCUUCAGACCGUGGCAGAUCUUCUUUGUACAGUAGUGAUGUGGGUAAAAUAGUUGGCUGUGCUGUAGUUCAUGUUAAUGGAGAUGUUCCAGAAGAAGUCUUCAAAGCAACAAAAUUAGCAGUUGAAUAUCAGAGGCUUUUUAGAAAGGAUGUGAUUGUUGAUUUGUUGUGUUAUCGGCAGUGGGGCCAUAAUGAACUGGAUGAGCCCUUCUUUACUAAUCCUGGAAUGUACAAAAUUAUUCGAUCUCGAAAAAGUAUCCCAGACGUAUAUUCAGAGCGUUUAGUAUCUGAAGGGUUAAUGACGGACGAUGAAAUCUCAGACAUUAAGACAUCUUAUUAUGCAAAGCUUAAUGAUCAUCUUUCCAAUAUGACUCUUUACACUCCUCCUCCCAACAAUCUUCAAAAUCACUGGAGUGAAAUGGUAGAACCAAGUGCACGCAUCACAACAUGGGACACUGGUGUUCCUGCUGACCUGCUUAAGUUUAUCGGAGCCAAGUCUGUGGAGGUUCCUGAGGAGUUUCAACUGCACAGCCAUCUUCUCAAGAUGCAUGCACAGUCUAGAAUACAGAAGUUGCAGGAAGGAACCAAGAUGGAUUGGGCAACAGCUGAAGCUUUAGCUUUUGGGUCGUUACUCUGCCAAGGGCUUAAUGUUCGAAUAAGUGGACAAGAUGUAGGACGUGGAACCUUCAGUCAAAGACAUGCAAUGGUGGUUUGUCAAGAGACUAAUGACACCUACAUUCCUUUAAACCACAUAACACCUGACCAGAAAGGCUUUUUGGAGGUAAGCAAUAGUGCCUUGUCAGAGGAAGCUGUCCUUGGAUUUGAAUAUGGCAUGAGUAUAGAAAGCCCUAAGUUACUGCCAAUUUGGGAGGCGCAGUUUGGAGAUUUCUUCAAUGGUGCCCAGAUUAUAUUUGACACUUUUAUUUCUGGAGGUGAGGCUAAGUGGCUGCUACAGAGUGGAAUUGUGAUUCUGCUUCCUCAUGGUUAUGAUGGUGCUGGUCCAGAGCACUCCUCCUGUCGCAUUGAGCGCUUUCUGCAGAUGUGUGACAGUACAGAAGAAGGUGUGGAUGGAGAUAAUGUUAACAUGUUUGUAGUUCACCCAACAACUCCCGCACAGUAUUUCCACUUACUACGCAGACAAAUGAUUCGGAAUUUCAGAAAACCUCUGAUUGUGGCCUCUCCAAAAAUGCUGCUCCGAUAUCCGGCUGCUGUGUCAAGUUUUGAUGAAAUGGCACCUGGAAAGACAUUUAAACCUGUUCUUGGGGAAGCUGUUGCAGAUCCUAAAAGUGUAAGCACAGUGAUCCUUUGUUCUGGGAAACAUUACUAUGCUUUGGCUAAACAGAAAGAGACACUUGGAGAUCAGGGAAACAAAUUUUCUAUUAUUCGCAUUGAAGAAUUGUGUCCAUUCCCAUUAGAAGCGCUCCAGCAAGAGUUGAGCAAAUAUCCAAAAGCCAACGACUUUGUUUGGAGUCAAGAAGAACCACAAAAUAUGGGUGCAUGGACUUUUAUUGCUCCAAGAUUUGAAAAGCAAUUGGGCUGUAAGCUACGUCUUGUCAGCAGACCUGCUCUUCCUGCUCCUGCAGUAGGUAUUGGGAUUCUGCAUCAACAGCAACAAGAAGAUAUAAUUAAAAAUACAUUUGCAUAA